AUGUCGACUAUCGCAGGAGCCUCUAUCUACACGGGUGCUUGGGUCGACUGGUCCCGUGGAGUUGUGGUCGGAAGCACCAUCACGCUUUCAGCCCGCUCCGCCUCCGUCCUAACCGCGUUUCUGGCUUUGUUUGUCGCAAUAGUAGGGUCCUGUCUUUGGAGGAUCCUCAGCUUUAUCAUCCACCAAUGUUCCGCCAGCCCGUACGCAAAAGAUGGUCUGCAUCAUCAACACCAACUUGUUUUUCGAAACACCAGUUCACCCUUUGAAGCUACGAAAUCCUUCGCACAAAUUGCGUGGUAUUGGCGGAAAAAUGGGCGAAGAUCCUGGGCUCGUUCCCUUCCUCUUGCUUUCUUUGCCAUGGGUUUUUUGCUCGUGUUCGGUGCGGCCUCCAUAUUGACUUCACUCGUUACCGGAGCCGCAGGAGCUCAACGAUUGAUUAUCAGUGAUGAUUGCGGGUACUGGUCUUAUGAUCCGGGAGCUACCCUCGAACAGCGAACACUGGCUAUGCAAUACAAGGAUUUGAAUGACACACUUAUGGCGGCUGAAUAUGCACGGCAGUGUUACGAUCAAGAUGCCGGCUUGAACAAACUCAGCUGCAGCAUAUACGCAAACCAGUCUAUUGAUUGGACCGCUGGAGAGACAGAUUGCCCAUUCGACAAGUCUAUCUGCGCCGUUCCGUCAGCAUUCAGAAUGGAUACAGGCUUGGUUGACUCGCACACUGAUUUAGGAGUCAACACACGACAAUCAGACCGGGUUGGAUUCCGCAAAGUUACUACUUGCUCGCCGCUGAGCGUAGAGGGAGACUUCGUCUCUGUUGUCAUCUCAACUGGAGAGGACGGCCUGGGAGUGGCGGGAGAUCGAAUCCGACAAUAUCACUACGGGACAUACGCCGCUGCCACCUACGACACAAAUACAACCUACACAUACAAUCAACAUGCUUUCAUUGACGGCUUCGGAUAUGAAUUGAACGCCAUCCAAGUUCCCCUUGAUGACAUCGGCUGGCUCCCUAUUUCCCAACUUGAUCCUGUAGACGCCGAUCUCACAAUCAUCUUUCUCGCCUCCAACGCAAUAAAAUACAGCACCCCCAACUCGGACCCUUUCUUCAGUGCGAAUUUUUACGUUGAACUGGGAAGUUGGAACGGUGUGAAUUUGUCUUAUUUCUCUGCAGAUGAAUUUGUCUCGGUGAUGGCAUGCGCAGAUCAAUAUCAAUAUUGCAGUCUUGGCGAUGGGCAUGCCGUAGACAGAUCGAAGUGCACCCCCCUGACAGGCUACCAACAAGCAUGGACAGCGCUCAAUUCGACGGCGGUCAACUUGAAUGGCAUGCAAUACGGGGUUGCAUCGCGCAUUGCUCUGAACUCCCGCGGCCUGUCCACCUUCCACGCGAUCGGUGGGCGCGGCGCCCAAGCCCUGCGUGCACAGGAUACCAUUUCCGACCGCGUCCAGCAGGUCACUUUACCGGAUGACCAAUGGCAGGUUGAAGUGAGCAAUUGGUUUGCUGUGAGUCUUGCAAGGCUGCAACAUGCUCUGUUCGAAUACGCGGCUCCCAGCGUGGCGAAGGUGGAUAUGCCCGUAGGGACGUACCUACAAGUCCCAUUCGACGAAUUGUCGAGAGCGAUGUGUCGUAGCCAGAAAGUCUCGUUGUCCGGGGACACGGUGAGCUUUAGCGUGCUAGGAGUCAUCAUCAUCCUAGCGGUAGGCGGAGCGAUCGCUCUACUUUACUUGCUCAUGGAGCCAGUCGUGGGCUGGGUACAAACGAGACUGCAAUGGGGGGAGUUUAGGAGAGUGAGGUGGGUAAUGGACGAUAAGAUGCAGGUCCAGAGGAUGGCAUUUGAGGGGGCGGGCAUGGGCGGAGCGUGGACCAAUUUGGACAGGAGCGUACCGGUCACAAUGAAGAAGGACGUAGUGUUUGGGGAUUUGGGUGGUGUGGAUUUCGGAGCGCCGCGAUUGGGCCACCAGGGGAAGGGAACGGCCAUGAUGAACAUGGUGACCUACGAUGAACCGACUCACCUGUUUCAUAUCUCUCAGACGCCGGUGGACUACAAGCCGCUCCCGUCGCAGGGAUGGUCAAGAGAGGCCUCGGUGGACGCAGACAUGCCACGCCAUUUGGUGUGA